AGAAUCAUCAUCAAUCAUUUCAUAACCGAUAGUUGUUAAUUGUAAGUUAUGCAAACGAGUGAAUUAUAAAAAAAAGUAUAACGUGCCGAAAAAAAUCUAAUUCAAAUUCGUUGUUGGUGAUUAUGGAAGUGACAGUGUUUUUGUUUUUUGCGUAUUUAACUGGGGUACACAGUUUCGCGUUGCCCUUUGAAGGACUUUAUGGACUGGAUAUUAUACACUAUAAUGAUUUUCAUGCAAGAUUCCAAGAAACAGCUGUCCAUUAUCCAACUUGUCGAUUCAACAACGGCUCAUGUCUCGGUGGAUUCCCGCGCCUCUACAAAGAAAUAAGUACACUUUUGAAAGAGAAACCAAAUGCCUUGCUGUUGAACGCCGGAGAUAGCUUUCAAGGGACUUAUUGGUACACUUUGCUAAAAUGGAACGUUACUCAAGAGUUCAUGAACUUGUUGCCUCAUGAUGCUCACGCUGUAGGAAAUCAUGAAUUCGACGACGGUCCAGAAGGCUUGGCACCUUACCUCUCCCAUCUAAAAGCACCGGUGCUAGCAGCCAACAUGGACGUGUCACAAGUGCCUGAACUACAGGGACUCUUUCAGGACAGUAUAGUUGUUAAGAGGAAAGGACGGAAGAUUGGCAUUAUUGGGCUGGCAACUCCGGAAACUACGUACUUGUCUUCACCGGGCAAAGUGGUAUUCAUGGAUCCGGGUGAGGCUACAGAUCGCGAGGCAAAGAAACUUACAGAGAAGGGCGUAGACAUUAUUAUAUUGUUAUCCCACUGUGGAUUGAAGAAGGAUUAUGAACUAGCUCGCGACCACGGAGAAUAUAUAGAUAUUAUAGUAGGUGGACACAGUCACAGCCUACUAUCGAAUGAACCUGCCCCAAGUGGAGAGUCAGUCGCAGGGCCAUACCCUGUAUUUAUUGAGACCAAUAAGAAUUCUAAACAUAAGGUUCUUGUCGUACAGGCAUCAGCAUUCACCAAGUACUUAGGCAAUCUCACAGUGUUUUUCGACUACGUUGGCGAUUACGUCAAAUGGGAAGGAGGACCUAUUUUCUUAAAUCGAUCUAUUCCAGAAGAUGAAGGAAUUAAAGCCAAGCUACAGCCGUAUGCGCAGUUAAUACACGAAGCAGAAAACAUUCGUAUAGGAGAAAGCACGACCACUCUAUUGGCUGAUGAAUGUGUGUACGGAGAAUGCCCUUUGGGAAACUUGAUUGUCGAUACUAUUCAGGCUGUGGCUAAGGAAAAAGUGAAGUCUAAUUACGAUUAUAUAACUUUCAUCCAAAGCAGUAAUAUAAAAGCCAGUAUUCCUCAGGGAACAAUAACUAAAGGCGUGCUAUUCGAAAUUUUUCCAUAUUAUGACAGAAUUACCACUGUCGAGUUACAGGGUAAAUACGUCUUGGAAGCUUUGGAGAGAAGUGUUAAACACGCGUGGGCGUUAGACCCCUUUAAAGGUCCUCGGGUACUGCAGGUUUCUGGUCUUCGAGUAACCUACAAUAUAACACUACCAGAAGAUAAUCGGGUUGUUUCCGCGAUUGUCGGCGAUAUUAAUUCCACCACACCUUUGGACAUUGAUGCAAUUUAUCAAGUAUCGCUGCCGGCUUUUCUGGGUGAUGGAGGAGAUGGGUAUACUAUGUUCCCACUCGGUAGGAAGAAUAUACAACAAAUUGGCCGCGAUCAAACAAUUUUAACAGCAUACCUAGAAAAGAAUUCUCCCAUAACUGUCAAGACCGAUGGAAGAAUUAGGAUUCUUUAUUAAACCGCAGUAUAGUGUUGAGACUUGUUUGGGCCCACUACCAUUCCUUGAAGUACAAGCUGGAGUAUUAGUAUUUAUAAUAAAAAUUCGUGUGCGGCUCUAGUACCGGUAGGCUUGCUAAAUUGUCGGGAAAUCUGGGAUUGUCCCGGAAUUCUUCGUUUUGUCCCGUGUCCAGUAAUUAGACUUUGCUGUCCCGGAUUCCAAACACUUAGAAGUUGUUUUUACAAACUUACUAGAGUCAUUCAUAAAAUAAGUCCCCCAGGCGCUGUAGUCGAAAUGAGUAUUAAAAAAUCCUAAGAUAGAUAGAAAACAACGUUACGGCCAUGUUGUGACCGUCACAUUAGAUAGAUUUCCAUCUCACAAAUUAGUUGUAGUAGUAGACGGGCCGUCUUCCUUAUCCUAGUAGAAUUGUCCCGGAAGUGAUAAGUUAAUAUUUGGCACGGAUAGAUAUUUUUUCAUGCGUUUAAAAGACGGAUAGCCUCAAUAUUCACACACCAAUCGCCCUGAGAACACGUCUGUGAUGGAUCCACACUUUGUUGCACUUUUAUAUUGGUAUAGAAGACGACAACGGCUUUGCCGCCGGAAGAACAGAGGGUGUUUGGUUCAUCCAAUGAAUCAAGAAGCAUUGUGUACUAACACAUUUGAAAAAUUGUACGAAAAUCUGAGUAAUGAUAAAAAAUACGAGUCUUUGUUUCAGUAAAGAUAUCAAUAAAUCGUUGCCCACAGAAGAUUAGCUGGUCAUUUUGUAUUAAUAAAAUUAUGCGUGCCGUCCUUCUAAAUCACUACUUCAAACUAGACGCCGCUUGUUCGGUAAAUAUUCGAUAAAAAACGUAUGAGAUAAAGAGAUGCAUUAACACUAUGCGCCACUGCACACAGAACACGUUAAAGGUCAUUCGGUUUGCAUGACAAGCCAAGGAAAAACACCGCUGUGUGAACAGUUCUAUAUCUAAUGUAUGCGCCACUGUUUAUUCGGUAAGAUUUUUACUACAAAAAACGUGCAGUACAAUGCCGUGUGAGCGGGGGGGUUAGUAGCGGUCACCCGUCGAAUUGCUUCAAUUCGCGCAUCGAUAAGUGUUAUGACUCCCUUAUAGUCGUGGUGAUUCAAUAGUCAGUAUAAACCAUCCAUCAUUAUUUUGUCUUCAGUUAUCAUCAAUUGUCUUGUACUUGACAGACCGCCAAGGAAGUAAGAACCUUGAUUAGUACGGGGUAAGGAGGUAAAAACUAAAAAAUGAUUACGUUAAAACGAGUUGCGUCUGUCGAUCACAUUCACGGUGUGGUGAACAGCUGGAACUUAUAUGUUAGUAUUCUCAGGCACAGGCUUAACAAAUUCUUACUUUUUCUGUAAAGAACACUAUGUAAAUGACGUAUUGUACAAUAUUGAACUUAGUACGCUUUCAAAUUGGACGCUUGGCAGCCCUUGUAGGGCUGCAGUGGCGCCACUGUGGUGCUGCAGCCGCGCCACUCCUAAAAACGAGGUUCUCAAUUCGAUUUUUUUUUCUGUUUUUGUGUGUAUGUUACAUGAUUACUCCGGCAUUU